GCAUAUAUCGCGCAUUUUCAUAUCAGCGGCACAUCAAAAUAUGGAGUUGAACUGGGAAGUAGCCUUUUGUGUGGGCAUAGCGGUAUUUGUACAUAUUCUGAUAGUAAUAUUUGUCAUGGGCAAACGACCAAAGAGCAUUGUAGGCCGUCACGUGGUCAUCACCGGUGGAUCCAAGGGCAUAGGCCUCUGCCUGGCCGUCGAAUGUGCCAUGAAAGGAGCCAAUGUCACUGUUAUCGCCCGCGACGAGAAAAUGUUGAGUGGAGCAGUAGCUUUAAUGGAAGUCAUACGGCAGCGACCGGAUCAAAAAUUCCAAUAUCGCAGCCUGGAUAUUGGCGGUGACUACGAACAAGUGGCCAGCGUACUGAGCGAGCUGGAGGAGAGCACGGGGAACAUCUAUGCGCUUAUCAAUUGCGCUGGAAUGGCAAUAUGUGGGCUGUUCGAAGAGCUGGCCGUGGCCGACGUGCAUAAGCUGAUGAAUGUGAACUUUUUUGGCAGCUACAACUGCACACGCUAUGUGCUCCCCAAAAUGAAGAAAGCCCGCGAGGGCAUCAUUGUACUCACCUCCUCGCAGGCAGCCAUGUUUGGCAUCUAUGGCUAUGGACCCUACUCCGCCAGCAAGUAUGCGCUGCGCGCCAUGGCGGAGACAAUUGCCAUGGAGUCGCGUGCCCAUGGCGUUUCAGUUACAUUAGCUCUGCCCUGCGACACGAAUACGCCGGGCUUUGAGGAAGAGGAAAAGUCGAAGCCACGUGUAACCAAAAUCAUUUCCGGUGGCGGCGGGCUUCUAGAGCCUGAGGUUAUGGCCAAGGCCAUACUCAAGGAUGCGCUACUAGGUAACUUUAUAUCCACGGUGGGAGUUGAGAGUUGGCUGAUAACUUUGCUGGGCGGCGGUUUGUUGCCUUGGGAUGGUUUCUUUACGAAUUUGCUGCACGCUUUGGUCAUUGGACCAGUACGUCUUUUCGGCUAUGGCCUGCACAAGUACUUUAACAGCAUUAUACGCAAAUGUGCUAAAGAAGAUUCUGCUAAGCAAACAACUGGCAAGGAAGCAGAUAAUGCAAAAGUUGAAAAUCAGUGACAUCUAGAGGGAGAAGUUAAUGACUA